GAGGACAGAGCGGGGCAGCCGUGCCGCCGCUCGGCAGCUCUGUCCUCCCUACGCCCGCAGCAUCCGAAGACGGCACCGCUUCGCGCAAGCAGACAAUGUUAUUGUUGAAGAUUACUCAGAUGCCUUCUGUCCAUUUUCUGCCUCACAUGCUAUGUCAUGAAAGCUUUGAUACACUUAGCACAUAAUUUAAAUGAAUGACUACUUUGGCAAGCAUAAUGGAAGGCACACAUACUAUCCUUCAAUUGCACAAACCCAUUAUGGAGCUUUGUUACAUCAGCUUCUAUCUUCCAGAGGGAAAAGUCAGAGGAUUUACUUACAGGGGCUGUGUGACUCUGGAUAGAACCAGUAAACAUUUCUGUAAUUGCUAUAAAGUACAGGAGAGGUUGGAGAUGGAGAUGAGAGAACAGCCACUUGAAAAUUUCAGAGAUAUUAUUUUCAAGCAAACUACGACAAAAGAUGUUCUCAUUGAGUUGUACAGACUAACUGCUGAAAAGGAAAAACUGUUAUCCGGUCUUUUGAGAUCGCAUCAUAUUCUGGGCCUUAACAUGGGACAUCAGGAAGAAAAGAAACAGGCUGUUUCUGGAGCUCCAAAACUUAAAUGUGAUGAUUAUUCCAGUUUUGCAUAUCAUCAGGAGUUCUUUCUGGAUUCUGCUAAGAGAGACAAUUUAAAUAGCAAAAAAAUGAGGAAAUAUAGAAGAAAAGAGAGCUUUGAUGAAUUCAGGCGCUGGAAAGGGAGAAAUAAGGUAUGUGAACAACAUCCUUCUUUACUGAGGGGGCAAGGCAUGCGAAUGAGUAAUGAGAAGAUGCUCCCCACGAAACGACUUUCUACCAGGAGUUUUCCCAGUUCCUUUUCUGCUUCCAGUUGCGUAACAGCAAAAGGUAAAGAUGAUUUAUCACCAGAUGUUAGUAUACAACCAGCAAGAGGGAUAGAAGAGGGGUAUUUUCUUGAAAGCAACAAAGCUGUGAAACUGGAUGCUGACUUAGCAAGUUCUAUAUCAAAAGAUAACAGUGAUAAAGUUGCAGUUGAACUAUUGGAUAAUGCAGAAUGCAUUCCUGAAUUUAUGAAUGUACAGCAGAGUAUCACAUUAUUAAAAUCAUCUCAGGACAAUCUAUCUAACAACCUGGAGACAUUAAGCAAAUCCGCAGUUGCUAAAAUUUUGAAAGAUGACAAGUGUACUGACCAGGUAUGCAAGGAGAAACCAGGAUUCAGAAUUGCUGCUCAAGUACAGGACUCAGAAGCUUGUGAUAAAAAAGCUGCGAGAACCCAUGCCAAGUCAUUACCUGAUUUUCACAAAGAAAUGGUUUCUCCUGUUCUCACAAUAGUACGUAAUGAGUUUACAUCAAGAACGGAUGGAUAUUCAGCAGAUGAAACUGCUGGAUACUCUAAAAACAGCGCGCUGCAGGAAGAGGAGCAAGAUGGCUCUGUUUUGAAGUACAAAGCAGAGAGAGUGCACAUUACCGAUGAGUCAUGCAACCUUGUGGGAGCAGUCAAUAAAGCUCUUCUGAAAGUUAUACGGAGUGACAGUUUAGAUGAAGCAGCAGAAUGGAAGAGACUGAAACAAAUUACAAGGGUAGACAGAAAACUGCCAGGCUCAAUAUAUGAGAAAAGAACCACGGUAUCCUGGGGAAGCAACAAGCCUUUAUUUCUGAACCUGCCUGUAAAUGAAGAUCCUGAUGUUUCUCAGACAAGUAAUAAGCUGGAAGAGAAAAAUCUGCAUUCACCCUCGUUAGUAGCAGUGAGUAAUGUUUUUAGUAAUUCCUAUCCACUAUCUAAUACACAUAAACAAAUGUCACCUAUUCCUUCUCCAUUAUCAUCAAGACUGCCUAGCCCACAGCUGCAUCAUCGGAUUCUUCCAUUACCUGCACAGAACUCUGAAGACGACCCUAUGUUUGGUGACUACUGCAGUGGGAGGCACGAUGCUAUAAACCUCUCUUUCAGUGAUUUGGAGCCACCGUUUUAUCUGAAGUUCUCUGAACCUGGAGAACUGGGAUUUGCCAUCAGACAACCACGCUUACAUCAGAAUGCAACUGCAGGACAUAUUGAAAAGCGCACUCUACAAGAAAGACUAACUACUCAGACGCAGCAGAAUUUCUGUGCAGUAGAGACUGCUUUAAAGGAUGACUUCACUGAACGGCUGACAAAUGUGGAUGUGGCAAACAGAGAUGAAGAUACCUGGGUUUUGGACUACAGACUGGGGCUGUCAAACCCAUUUGCUCGUUCAAGUGAGAAGGAGAAGAUCAACAGGAAUGCAUUGCAUUUGAGCCUGGAACUGAAUAAUGUCAUAGUACCAUGAAGGUAUAGGUUUAUCCUUGCAAUAAAACGUUGAGAUGAAACAAGUAACUGGACUGAAAAGAACUGACACAAAUUGUUAUCGCUAGCACAGUUGCACUCUACAGCAUGAAGAAUCCAAUCUAUGAGGAUGUUUCAUCUGUAUUUAUCAAGUCCUCCUGUACAGCAGGUGAAGUACUGAAUCAAAAGCCAUUUAAGUACAAUAAUUUGAUUAAAGUAAGUCAUCUAAGAAUAAUAAGC